AUUUUGUAGAAAACUAACCGGAAAUGGUGACCCUUUCUACGGCUGCCUGACAGCUUCCUGCGAACACGCACAGUUCCUUGGCCAAUAUGGCGGCGACUUGACGAAGGCAGCAGGAUGAAGAGGGUGAGGGCUUGAAAAAGCAAAGAGGUCCGUCACAGGCUGCGGGCCCAUCCGCCGACACCAAGCCAAGACCAUGUUGGAAGAGGACAGCCGCCGCAUCGUAGCGGGACCGAGGUGUCGGUGAACGUGUGGAUAGGAUAAGAGGCGUUCGCGAGGCCACGCAAGAGGAGAGGAGGAGCGGAGCAGCGGAGCAGCGGAGCGGGCUAGGACAGCGGCUUCCACCGGUCAGCCAUGGAAGAUGCGGCCCGGGCUUGCCAGCGUCUAAUUUGCCACCCGGCCCACGCUCACACGGAUGGGAAUUAGCGGCGAAGGCCCAGGCAAGCCGGGACGAGCCACCAGCCGACACCUGAAGGCGGAGGAACGCGAAGCGGACCCCACGUCAAUGACUGUUGCGGCAGAGGAACCGCCACGGUGGAGUCGGCCGGUUCCCAAAAUAUGACCAGGGGUGCUGGGACGUGUUGGCAGCAAGAUGACGACGACGGCUUUCAAAUCUGGCUAGAACCCCCCCGCGAGAACCAAAAGCCAUUCACCGACUCCGAGAGGGCGCAGAGAUGGCGACUGUCCUUGGCAUCCCUCUUGUUUCUCACCAUCCUCCUCUCUGAUCACCUGUGGUUCUGCGCCGAGGCCAAAGUGGCCAAGACCCGGGACAAGUUCGGAUCGUCUCGUGUCCUCUCCCCCCAAACUCAUUCAGCACACAGCAGCCUCAGAGAAACCCCCCGCGCUAUUUUUGUAGGAAACUCGAGCAAACAGUUGUUGCGGCUGGAAACUUGCCACGCGGACAGUUUGUCCAACACCUGCUUGACUUUGGCCGACGCCGACCAUUUGUGCAGGGGCCUCUCGGCUAAAGAGGGCACGUCGACGGCUGUAAAUAUGAGCGAUUUGUACCUCUCCUUUUGUAACUCCUACUCGCUGCUGGAUUUGUUCGACGGCUCGACGAGUCCGGACAAUUUGAACUGCAGCUUGGACGUGCUCGGCGACGGCGACACGACCCGAUGCACCCUGUGCGUGCAGGCGUACCAGCGCUACGACCAGCACGCCCAGGAGAAAUACGACGACUUUGAUCUCCUCACUCGGAAAUACGAGCCGGGCACGUAUUCGGUACGGACGUGCAUGGAGCAGUGCAAGACAGCUUACAAGCCCUGGCUGUGUGCUCAGUAUUUCCCCACCACCCAGCAGUCGUGUCAAAGAAAGGUAUCGUGCCACCAGUACUGCCUGCAGGUCCAACAGAGUUGUCCGUUCAUCCAGCCGGACAACGAUGACUUGAUCCAUGGCGGUAGCCCCAGCUUCAUCUGUACCGGACGCUUGAGAGAGCAUCCAUCAGAGAGCAAAGCGGAGUGCUGUGACGUCCGAUGGGACUCAAACGUGGACGGCCCCUCAGGCGAGACGCUAAAAAGGACUGCCUCUUCCUGCCGUCCUAAAGGGGCCUCGGUCACUUCCACCGCCACCCCGAGACUGUGCAGCGGGCGGCUGAAGAUCUGCCUGCUGGCACUCGUCCUCCUGCAUACUGUCAUCAUCAUAUCGGCCUCCCAUAAUUCCACGUCGGUGGGCGUGGUCGUCACCUUCUCACCGGAGAAGAGUGCAUCCAACGAGGAUUGAACAUUGGGAUUGGCCGAGGUUUACGGGGUUUAUUGCUUUUGCAAAUGUCGCAGCCAGGGAUGCAUCUGGCGUUGGCACACUGGGCUCACCUCUUCUAUCUGCUGUCAAAAAACAAACACCCAGCACAGGAAGUGGGAGGGCUUUAUUGAAUCUUUGGGUGGACUGGACCACCCUUUUAAAGAAGUGACCUCUUGCCACUUAAAACCUGCUCAUUGUUUCUAUUCUAGCUAUGUUUUGGAGCAUCUCGUGCCUCCACCACUACUUUCCUUCAGUUUUAUUUCCCUGUGUUUCUGUGUCUGGAUUGCACGUUGAAAUGGACAGCGAUGAAGUGUGCACCCCUGCUUGUCGUUACGUUAGAAUUUUUUUAUGCCUUCUUUUGACAAGUUCACGCUAUCCCCCUUACACUUCUUUACUACCUUGAAGUAACUCAUUCAUCACUCAUGUGGGUCUUCUUUCAGCACACAGUGCAAGGGCAAUGUUCAGCUGGUAGAUCUUUUCUUAACUCUUCCCCGUCCUCCCGCUGAUGCUACAUGCCUCAACAGUUUGGGCCUGAAGUGCACCGAGACUAAAGCAGUGUUCACCUGGUAGUUUAAAAUGGACCUCAUGAUGACAGUGGUGGCACUGAACUGACGGCUGGUUCACGGACUUGUUGUCUGUGAGACUACAUGUAGAAACCGAAAAAAGGGGGGAAUAGUUGAACACAAGAUAGUUAUUGAAGCCAAAACCCCAGGGGCCUCAGUUAUCAACUAUGUGUGCGCAGAGUAUUCAUUGAUCCAUUUCUAUCACACACACAAUCAAAUCUUAUUAUUUCCAUGUUUGGCUUUAUACUUUUCAUUCGCAUUUUACACAGUACUAUACACUGUUUUCAUUUUUAUCACAGCAGCAGCCAAGGUUGUAUGGGAACUUUUCCCAAUUUUUGGCAAACGUCACAAAGAGUCAAACACUGUGUUACGGCUGAGAAUUUUUCCCACAACAUGAGUGCAAUAUGAAAGCAUAUUUGGCCACAAAACCACAUUUUAUAGUAAUCUCCAAGUGGUUAGGUUCUAACCUUUUCGUAUCUUUAAAAAAAAAAAAUCUUCACGUUUUAAUUGGUUUUCUACCAAACAAAAUCUAACGAUACAGUGGUGCCUUGCGAAUGACCUGACCUGAGUUUUUCGAGAUUUGAGUUGCGAGCAAAACUUUGCGAUUCCAUCCCUGUAUGAUGGCCUUGAGAUUAACUUGGCUGACUUCACAGCAAGCAGCAGUUCGGCAUUGUGAACAAAUCCUUUUAAAAAAGAGGUUCCAAGUUGUUAAAUGUCACUCCCAGUUGAAGUUUACUUGUCAACUAAACAAAAAGAAUUACACGUUGUGUAUUUAAAACAACCACGUAACUUUGCAUUUAAGUCUUCUAGCUUAAUGCUAACACAUAAUGGAAAACUCCAUAGACGGGCUAACAAAUAACAUCCACGUAACACUAUAAGGAAUGGAUAUUUGAACACAAAUAGUGCAGUAACACAUAGACAGAUGUAAUACAGGCAUAGAUUUUCUAUUUUCUGCAAAAAAGAGACUAAUAUUACUUAUUGAGUCACUUACACGUUUCGAACAUUCACGCUACGGAAUAAAUUAAACUCGUAUCUCAAGGCACCACUGUAUUGAAUUUAGGUGGGAAGAGGCUCUGAAGUCGAAAAUCCGACCAUAUUGUUAUGGAACAUUCGGGGGGGGGGGGGGGGUGGUCACUUCUUUAUGGUUUUGAAGAUAAGACAAUGCCACAAAUGUUUUUAUUUAAUCAGGACCUGCUACAUUUUAGAUUGCAUUAUGUUCCAUUCAAACACUUUCUGUUCAUCUACCCUCAGGUUGAUAAUUGAGACCCCACAUCUUGAGUGCCUCUAUGCUGCACACCCCUAGUCAGCCCAGAACUGGCAAUGGAGCAAUAUUAUAUAGGUAUACAGUAUUUCAAAAUGAAUCAAAGAAAGGUCUGCUUCUCAACAUUCACGCUACCCUUAGACAAACUGAUGACCCAGACAAGCAAAGGGCUGCAUCUGCAUCGGAAUGUGAGGAGAUUUCAAGGGCUGACCCAUCCCAAUGUGUGAGUGUGUUUUGUUUUAUUUGAUUUGAUUUUUUGAAGCAUCCUCUUAAGUGAGAAGUGCUGUACGAUUAGGCGUGCAACAGACUGAUUCAACCACUAUUUGCUGAUACCAAAAAUGUAGUAGUAGGGCCACACUGAGAAGUAAUUUCUCGUAAAGUUGGAGAAGCGAGAAUCAUUUCAAGAGAAAAAAAAUCCUAAACAGGUCUGUGACUUGCCUGGUUAAAACAGACUGUGUGUGUCCUACUCCAGUCCUGUAGGUAGAGCUCUAUCUGCUGGAUCUGGUUGGUCAUUGCACCACUUGGCCCUUGUGAAAAUUUGCUUUUAAGUAUAAAAAGUCAUUUAUUACAUCUGCACCUUUCAUUUUGAUGCACAUCAAAACUAAAUGACUUCCUGCGCCCCACCACAAAGUUUGAUAAUAAUCGAUUAUGUACUUUUGUUGGAAUCUUGCUGACCAACAAAUAGCAAUUAUUAAAAAAAAAAAAAAAAAAAAGACAUAUCGUCUUACUAGAAAAUCAUCGUUGUACUUCAAGAAGGACACAUGUCGUAGCGUCUCAAAAGAACGAAGGCAGAGGUUUUAUUUCUAAAAGGUAAUUUAAUACUAUUGUAAAGCCACUGUUGCAUUAUGCACAGUUUGAGUAAUUACACUGCACUUAAAUUUUUGAAAAUCAAGAACUCUACUUAAAUGUUUGAAUUCAAAUAUGUUGCACAUGAAAGUAAAAAGAGUACCAAAAUAAACGUUUGAAAACAAGCAGUUCUAAAAGAUUAACUGCAAAUGUACUUAAAAGUGAAAUACAACUGAGCUGAAUUUAACAAACUGGACUUUACUAAAGUUUUAGCCAGUGUAACAUUAUGUGCAGUUUGAACACUAAAUUCACUUUUCAGUGUGACCCUAAUACUUUCUCAUGGAAAUUGAAGCCCAAACAGGAUGCAGAAUCCUUUUUAAUACCGUUUCGUUUCCUUGAAUGAAGCCUUGUUUUCAUCUCUUGGUUUUUAGAUGCAACCGCCCGACUCCCCCAGAACUUCCUUCCUCAUUAAACCUCAUCUUCUAAAUGUAAUUGAAGUCAUGUCCAUAUCUGCCUGUUGAUUUCAAAGUCCUUCAUCGACUUUGAACUCUUGACCUUUGCAUCCCCACCCCCGCCUGACCCCCUUUGCCUGAAUCCCCAGCCGUCAAUAAGAACAUUCCCUGGAUGACAGCAGUGGAUGUAUUCAUUCUCUGAUCUCUACCUGUUCAUGUUCUGUGCAUCUAAUGCAGAAGAUGCUUUUCCGUUGUAAAUAUGCCCCUUAAAAAAGGCCUCCCAUUCCCCUUUUCAGACUCACAUCCUGACUCUCUCCCUCCCACUGUUUGAAUCUCACUGUGAUUUCUGUUAGCCUCUCAGUUUUUGUCUGCUUUUGGAGAUUAUUAUUGCGACAUUUUUCACUUGUCUACUGCAGUGGUGUGACCUGUUGAGGAGGACUAAGUUGGAUGUUUAAAAAAGAUGCGAUGAAGAGGUCGAGGGGGGGAAAAAAAGUACGAAAAACACUUGAAUUAUGAAAAGGGGUUCAAAAACAGACAAAAAAUGAUAACGUUAUAAUAUUGUCAUACUAGAGAUGCUUUAGUUUGCUAUUUUCCUUUCUUUUCUACAAAAGACCUGAUGAAAUGAAAUUAUUUAUAAAAUGCGUCCCACAAGUCAUGAUCUUUUUUGGACGUAAAAAAUGUAUUUAUUAACAUUUUGUUCGAAAUAAAAAAUAAAUAUAAAUUAUGUUACACAUGA